AUGUCGUCCGUCAAGCUCUCCCCCGCGAUCAAGCGCCUUCUCGCAACUCGUAACCCGAACUCUUUCCCGGGCCCUUCUCGCGCGCCGCUUACAAGCGUACUCCAGCGCACCCGCGCCGACGCGCGGAAGCGCGGCGCCGAGGACGGAUGGCUCGUCCUCGCGGCGUGCGCCCUGCUCACAAGCAACGUCCCGCCCGCCUUCGCGCACCUCUACAAGGUCGCGACACACCCGCAAGACGCACCGAAGCCCGCUGACCUCGCUACGCGCGUGCGCACUGCUGCGCUUCUACGUGAAGCUGCUCUGAAGAGCACGAUCUUCGUUGGUGUACCGCGCGUUAUUCUUUCGCUUGCGGCUUUCCACGGUGCGCUUGAGGAUGAUGUGCAUCCAGAGCUGCGCAAGGAGGCGCAUCCAGACCGGCAUCCUAGCGAAGACCUCACUGCGCGUGGGCAGGCGCUUUGGCAAAACAUCUACGCGCCACACGACGUGAAGCUUGCAGCGAAGCUCGGAAGCUAUCAUCCUGACUUCAUUGCGUUCAUCAUUCAAGCUUAUGGGGCCGUUCUCUCUCCUCUUCCACCUACGACGUCGAACACUCAAGGCAACCUCUCGCGAGCGCUUGGUUCAGUCGUCGGCAUCUCUUGCCUUCGCGCAGAGGCGCGUGUUGGGCCACAACUUGUAUCGCACGUCUUCGGGUUGCUGAAGGCGGGUACAUGGCCUGGAGAGCUCAGUGCGGAGGAUAAGUGGCUCGGGAGCGAUGAAGGAACGCAGUGGGUCAUUGAAACGACCGAUGAGAUCCUAGAUGUCGUGGAGAAGGACAAGGAAAGCGUGGAGUGGGAGGAAGACGUCAAGGCCAAACUGUGA